AUAGUAACAGUGGCGCCAUCUGCAGUUGUCCCGUCAGUUGGGAGCUGGGGAAUGAUAAACUUACUUGCGACCAGGACGCCAAUGAGUGUAAAAGAAACCCUUGCUCGCAGCACGCGACAUGCAUCAACACGCACGGCUCGUUUAAAUGCGUGUGCAACGUGGGCUAUGCUGGGGAUGGAUUUAAUUGCCAUGAUGAAAGGCCAACAGACAAAAACACCAGACAUUGCCGAUGCCGACUUAGAGCUGAAACCAACAGCACCGCUCAAGGUCCUAUCUUGUUUGACCUCCCGACCUUGAUCUACGGCCACAAGACCUUGUGGGCUACUGACAUGUAUGGCAACGAGAGCGCCGCCUAUGUCAUCACGGACAAGUACCCCAACUUCUACAACACACUGCGAAGACGGAAGGCCAUUGGAAGCCGAGAGGACCUCCUCACGUGCCUCAAGGUGCUCCGUAGCUGCCCUACCGAUUGCGAACGCCUAGCAAGGAUCAUCGUAGGUGACACCCUCGGGUUCGAGACCAAGCUGUUGGUGGAGAACUCGGCCCAUGACCAAGUCUACAAAACCAUGGGCCAGAUCAUGUGCGAGACUUACAACCAUCACAUUGACCCCCCAGGGAAGAGAGUGGUAGUGUUUUAUAAUCCCGGGGAGGACUGCGGGGACGAGUUAAGUACGUACGCAUCAGAGGCGUAUCUAUGCUGCAACUCGGAGGACGUGUCUGGCAUUGGUAAAUUGACUUUCUGGAACCGGAAGUGUAGUGGAGGAGUGAAAUUGUCGGAACUUCUCGUUGGCUAAAACUGUGAACACUUAAGUAAAUGAAGACUGAUGAUGUAUGACAUUAAAUUAGUCGAACACAUUGUGCCGCAGGUGUAUAACACACCUAAUGUGACUGAUAAUUUUUUUUACAUAAAACAAGCUUUAAGAAUAAACACUUACAAAUGAAACUGACUUUUUAAAUAACGGAAUGGAGAGCUGAGCAGUUUAUGUCUGCAUCGAAUACUUCAGUCACGAUAUACUUUCUCUUAAUCUUGAUUUUAUCCCUUUAAGUAAAGAAAUCGAUGUUCUACUUAAUUUUUAGUGUCUUUUUUAUUAGACUGGAUGGUUAAAAGGAGAAAUGAAACGAGAAAAAUCUUUCUUUCUAAUUUACAUUUUACAUUUUCUUUGUGAUGAAUCAUUUGCAGUUAAACUAACAAUAUACUGAGAGUGGAUGCUCAGCAUGCUAGCUGCGACAGAAUGCUAACUC